GUUUGACUUUAUUUGAUAUGGAUUGCGACUGAAAAAAAGUCUAAAUGAAACAUCCUAAAAAGUUGUUUGAUGAUCUUUGUUUUCGAUUUAUCAACCUUAUGAUCUUUGUAAUUCACACGUUGAAUUACGUAAUAAUCAAAAUUAGUAAGAUUAAAGUUACUUUUCUAAUUGAGUUUGUUGAAGUUAUUAUGGAGGACUAUUUUCAUUAUUUUUUAUAUAAUAUUUCUUUAUUUUAAUUUUAACCUUUCUAUAAUUGAGCAUAUUUAGUCAAAUUCAAUCAUUUUAACAAAAAAUUAAUCAAUUUCACAUUUAUCUUAUUCAGUGGACAAACAAUUUUACCCUUCAAUUAUGAAAUGGGCACUAACAUAUUUUCAAAGAAGAAUGAAUAAAACUUUUCAAGACAACGAAAUGACAGGAAAAUCGACAAACCUCUUCAAUACUGGGUGGGUAGUGAUCUGCCCCUACCCUCUUAUUAGUCAAUCCGCAUUUAUUCUGCGCAGGUAAAUAUGUGAAGCAUCCUAGAGAAGGAAAGGAGGCGAUAAUCCUUUUCUGGGUGCUAAUAAGCUUGAUCAAAUCCCACUAAAAGUGCUUAACCAUUUCAUUCAGUGGGGUAUUCACACUAAAUUGGCCAGCUGUUCCUUUUACUGCUUUCGCCCCCACAGCUCCCUCCUUCCCUCUGUGGAACACCUCAUUUUUUUUUUUUUUUUUUUGAGUUAUGAUUUCUUACUUACCCUUUCUCAACCCCUCCAAAAAGCCCACUUCUUUCUUAGAAUUUCAUUUUCUUUUCUAGGGGUUUCUUAUGUUUCUUGCUGUGUCAAUUUCUACUGGGAGUUCUUGAGCAACUACAGUAGGUAUGAGGCAGUGGGUGUCCUGGAGGAGUUGGAAGCUUUAUUAUCUUAAUCUGUUUUUGCUUCUCUGUCUCCAUGACGCCUGCUGCAAUCCUGUGAGUAAUCUCAAGGGCUUUACAGAAAAAACUGAGGAAGGCCUUCUACCUCAGAUCACACCAAUUUCAUCUCCUGACGCUCAACCCCUCCUUCCUCUUCUAGCUCCUUCUCCACUGGCUCCAUUCUCAAAUAGCUCUGGCACCCCAAAACUGUCUGGAUCUUGUCCAUUAAACUUUGCUGCAAUGGAUAGCAUGAUAACCAUGACCUCAAUUGAUUGUCUCGCUCCAUUCGCAAAGUAUCUAGCAAACGUUAUCUGUUGCCCACAACUGGAAACCACUUUAACCAUUCUUGUAGGGCAAUAUAGUAAAAACAACAAAGAUACAAAACUUGCUUUAAACGGUACCCUUGCAGGGCAUUGCCUCUCUGAUUUCCAGAAGGUUCUAGAAGGUAAGGGGGCCAACGGUACACUAGAGAGAAUAUGCUCUAUUAACCCAUCAAUCCUCAGUGAAGGUUCUUGCCCAGUCAUUAACGUGCAAGAAUUUGAAUCAAUGGUGGACUCUUCAACCCUUCUUUCUUCUUGUGAGAAGAUUGAUCUUGUGAACGAGUGCUGUGAACAGGUUUGUCAAAGUGCUAUAUCAGAAGCUGCCGAAAAGCUUGCUGCAAAAGGUAAUGAUCUUUCAAUAGUUGACCAGUCAACUAGAGCCAAUGAUUGCAAACGCAUUGUGCUCCGUUGGUUGGCUAGUAAGCUUGACCCUACUGGUGCAAAAGACGUUCUUAGAGGGCUUUCUAGCUGCAAAAACAAUAGAGUGUGCCCUUUGGUUUUCCCAAACAUGAGCCGUAGCAUUAGGGCUUGUAAGAACAGGAUAAAUAACAAGACAACAUGCUGUAGAGCGAUGAGUCACUACGUUUCACACUUGCAAAAGCAGAGCUUUGUUACCAACUUGCAAGCUAUGGAUUGUGCUGAUUCACUUGGUAUGAAGUUACAGGAAGCCAAUGUUACACAAAAUGUUUACAAUCUCUGCGACAUCACCCUUAAGGAUUUUUCAGUUCAAGUUACACAAGAAGUUUCUGGGUGCCUGUUGCCAAGUUUGCCAUCAGAUGUCAUACUUGACCAAACAACAGGGAUUAGCUUUGUGUGUGAUUUAAAUGAUAAUAUUCCAGCUCCAUGGCCAUCUGUGUCGCAGCUGCAUGCUUCCUCGUGCAACAAAACUGUCAAAGUUCCUGCACUACCUGCUGCUGCAGAAUCUGGACAAACCUGUCUUUACACGUUAGACACGAGGUCUCGUCUGCUGGUGGCAAUAUUAAUGUUGAUUGUUCUGCUUCUGCCAUAAAGCUCAUGAGCGGAUCCUUCUGUUUUUUAACAACAAAGCAGUGAAAAUUCUGUUUUGAGAUGAUAUGCAAAGAAAAAUGAUGGAUGGUAGAAUCCCAUGUAAUUAUCACUUCAAAAUUGCAUUGUAUGUGUAAAGUAUAUUGAGAUAGCAUUAAGUUGUUUGUUACAAAUGUCAUAUGAGGACUGAGAUUGAAAAUAUUAUUGCAGAAGUUAGAUUCUCUGGAGUGGUAUUUCUGUUCUUCACCUUUCAUCAUCUUAGUUUGUGAAGUGGGAUUUUGAUCAAUGGAAAACCUUGCACAG